ACUGAUGACUUUAUUAUACUUAUGUAGAUCUAUAGCAUAAGCAUAGGCAUAGGAUCAUCUAUAUUUAUAAUAGAUAUAGAUCUAGAAGUCAAAUACAUUACAUUAAUAGUCUAUACGACUAUAUUUAAUAUUACUAGUCAAAUACUCAUUAGAUAAGAGUAUUGGCCUGUCUAUGGGACUAUCGUCACUAUCAAUACGAUGGCAAACUCAACUGCAUUCAUCUCAAAUCUCACUGGUUCAGUAAACUAAAACUGUAACUAAAAAACUGAUACUCAUACUGAUGAUCAACAGACAACACACUUGAGUCUUCACAGUCUAAGUCUUCAGACAUUAGUCAUUAGUUAUGAUUAGUAGAGUAGUCUAGAGAGACUGACUAGAUCUAGAUAUAUAUAAUAAAUCUAGAUAGACUCUACUCUCUAUAGUUCUCUAUACUGUUAGUAUACUAUAGUAUAGUAUACUCUAUACUUUUUAAAUCUAGAUCUAGAUUCUGUACAGUACUCAGCAUUCGAUCUCUGUACUGUGAUGUUCAGAUGUUGGGAUUUUUCAAUAUUAAACUUUGUUACUCUUCUUCUACUGUUUGAUUUAGACUAGCAUUUAAAAAUUUUAGACUUGGUGGGAGCACACAUUAUAAGAAUCAGAUUCAAAUUUGACUUAAAUUCACGCUUCUAAAAUGUUGAUGAAGCUAUUUUUCGUCCACACCUUACAUUUGAUUUGUUUGUGCUUCCUGACUGCACAAUCGUUAUUGGUGACAGGAUCUACGAAGGCUAAAUAUCGACCUCUGCCGUUUGAAAUAAAAACAAAUGAAAGUUUUCCCUAUACAGUCAUAGAGAAUGAAGUAUCACAGUUAAUAUUUUACUACAGUUUUAAUACUCCAAAUGUUUCAAUUGAUGAUCAUAUCCUUGCUGAAGAGAGUACUGCUUUUGGAAGCAACUAUAGCCAAGGAACUUGGAUUAUAGAAGCAUCUCUUGAUUUAGAUCACAUUGCUGAACUGAAAGGGGAAAAAAUAUUUUUUAUAGAUCAGCAAUUUUCUCAGGGAAAUAUUAGCGUCCUGGUUACUGGAAAUUUGCCAGGAAGAACUUUGUUGAGUUUGUGUGCUAUGCCUUCAAAUGGGACUAUGUCACAUGGAACUACCCAAUGCCAGUCUGAGAAUAUGUCAUAUAGAUUGUUUGUGGAGCGUAGACAUAGGCCCAUUGAUGUUGCUUUCAAUAUUGUCCUUAUACUACUGGUUGUCCUAACAAAUGUUGGUAUGGGGGCCAAGAUUGACUUGAAUGUCAUGAAAACAGAACUAAAACGUCCCAUAGCGCCUGCAAUUGGAUUGUGUUGCCAGUUUGUUAUUAUGCCUCUUAUUGCUUUUGGAAUAGCAUACAGCUUUAAACUGGACCCAGGGAUAACUCUUGGUUUCUUUGCCUUGGGUUGUGCCCCUGGAGGCUCUGCAAGCAAUGCUUACACUUACCUUCUGGGUGGCAAUGUCAGUUUGAGUGUGACUAUGACUUUAAUCAGUACAUUUGCAGCUUUAGGUCUUCUUCCAAUGUGGUUGUUUACACUUGGAACUGUUGUGUAUGAUACAGGGGAUGUAAAAAUACCAUAUGAAAAUAUAUUCAUAUCCUUGUUAGGAAUUAUUAUUCCUGCCGUUGUUGGACUUUUUCUUCAGAGAAAGUUUCCCAAAGUAGCAAAAAUGUUUGUGAAUGCUGUUAAGUAUAUUGUUAUUCUCAUGGUCGUAUUUAUCAUGACUGUUGGAGUGUAUGCCAACGUGUACGUUUUCUACCUCUUGAGUGGAGAGGUGCUUUUGGCUGCUGCCAUCUUGCCUUACCUCGGCUUCCUUCUUGGAGGCCUAGUGGCCUUGAUUUUUCGACAAAAUAAAGUUAACAUCAUUACGAUUGCGGUCGAGACUGGGAUCCAGAACACAGGAAUACCCAUAGUGCUGCUGCGCCUGUCUUUGACGGGGCCCGACAAGGAUACCAGCACGGUUGCCCCGGUGGCAUCAGCUAUGUUCACCCCGAUCCCGCUCAUGAUUGGUGUUAUAUACGUGCAGACCAGGCUUUACUUGGAAAAACGCAAGAAAAACAAAGCAGGUGAGGCAGAGAAGACAUCGCAGAAUAGGAAAGAAGAGCCAGAUGUUGUCUUAUCCCCUACAGAUAACAUCUGCUUGGUCAGUAGUCCGGUAAGCUCCCAGAUUUGACAUUGUUCCUGUCUUUCUCUUUGAGCUUUAUUUAUCAGCUGUUGCUAAAUCGGUCAAUUUUUGUUGUUGAAAAUGUUAAUAAUUUUUGCAUAUGCAAUAUUAAUUGUCUAUUUAUUAUACAAGAGCAUACAUGUUUUGUUUUUUCUAAGAAAUUUUAAUAUGUGCACAAAUAACAUAAAAAAAUCAAAAUACAUUAGCACAUUGUAACGUUUCAAAUAUUUUUUUUUACACCAAUGUAUCUAUAUUAAGAUCAAUUUGUGAUAACAUUCAGGUUACACUAUGUAUGCAUAAUUAGAGGGAUAUUAUCUAUUUUUAACAAUUGCUAAGAAUUAUGAUGCAAACCACUUUGUAACCACUGAGGUUAAGGUUAGGCUUUGCCUUGGCUGUGGAAAAAUGGUUUCUAAUGAAAACAUUAUAUUGUAUACAUGUCAGUGCACAUUAUCUAGAUCUUAAGUGCAACCCAAAAAAAAAAAAAAAAGAAAUGAGAAUUUUUUAUCGAUUGUGUGAUGUCAAGGUCAUGACCUCUGGUAAAAUACUUCAUGCUUCCCUCCUUCACUUUUGGAGCUUGUGGGGGUUUGUAUCUAGUGUAAUGUGAUAAAGCUACAUUGGUGGAUAUAUGCAGUAGCAAGCCCAAGGGUUUCCCCAUCAUGAGAAAUAGCAAAGGCAUGGCUGCUGGAAGUCUGGAUUACAUUACCAGUGAGAUGUUUGGGGCAGAUUGUUUGACUUCAAUUUUUUUGUUUUAAAAAUGUACACGUAUGUCAUACUUUUUAUGUAAUUUGUUUUUGUUUCUAAUAAGCAUGAAUAUUACGUUUCAUAUUUGGUUUUUACUUUGUUCUUAUCCACCUUUUUUUAAAAAAUCUGACUUGCCUCUUUUUAUUUCUUCCAAAGUCAGGUGCAUUAUUUGUGUGUGUGUAUGACUAGAUACAUUAUAAACCAGAAAUUAGAUAUAACUUGUCUUCUGUUACGCUGUAUAUCUAAUUUAUAUUCUGUGGGAUUUUAAAAAUAUUAUUAAGGUGUUUUUUUGUUUGUUUUUUUUUAUUUUGUAAACAGCAAAAAAAAUAUUCUUUCAAAAUACUUUCCAUUUUGCAUUUUGGCUGUCUUUGACAUAUGAUGAAUGUGGAAAGGUAUAGAAAGAAAGGGAGAAUGACCUGAAAUCAAACUCAUGGCUCAAGCCGACAUCCUAACCACAAAGAAGAAGAUUGUAUGGUUAUUUAUUGUUUGUAUAAAGUUACUUUGAAGCGGCAAUCCUUAAAGGGGACUUAUUCAGCAUCAGCCACCACUUCAGUCAAGUACAAUUUCUUUACCUUGUUUGAGAUACCAAACAAAAUAACUAAUUAAAAAUAGUCAAUUAACUAGUAGAUACAUUUUUCAAAUUGAUUCUUGUGUUGUCAGGUAAAAAGGAAUACAUGCGAAAUUUCAUCUUGAUGCGACGGUGUCAGAGAUAUUAUGCGUACUAACUUUUGACCAGACAGAUAGUGAGUUGAUAUAAGCUUUGUAAAAAUAUACAAGCAUAGACUGCUGCUGUGGUAAGGAGCUGAAUGGAGAAAUACAACGAAUGUAAAAGAAAACCCUUCUGGGACAAAUUUGAAUGAAAUUUUUCUUUAUUAACAUUUUUAAUAAAAGUUAAAAAUACCCUAUGCUUCUGUAUUUUCCAUAAAUGCCCAGUAAUAUUAUGCAUGCUUUGUUUUGUAUCUUUAUAGUGUAACAUUUUUUUUUUUAGAUUCAACAUUUUUAUUUCCCAUGUUUCAGUUUUACUUUUUAUGCUUUUAAUUUUGCAUUGUCCUUGUUUCUUACGAGAAGCUAAACUUUGUGUACUUUUGUUAUACUGAUUUCUAAACCUGUGUCAAUGCUCAUAGUCAUGUUAAUGCUGAUUUCUAAACCUAUGUCAAUGCUCAUUGUCAGUAUCUAUUUCUGUGGUGCUCCUUAAUGUGAUUGUGAUUAACUUUAAAUGUCAUUAACACUAUUCAGAUUUUUUAAACAAAAUUUUUCCUUAUAUAUUAAUGGCCUAGUCUUUCUGUGAUUAAAGAUAUUGUUAUACUGAGGGCUCCAGACUGAACAUAACUAUUUUAUGUCAAGUCUCAUUUUUUGUAGCUUCGAAAUAUAAAUUAUAUUUAUAUAGCCUUGAGCUUUUGUCUUUGUACCUUAGUAUGUAGUUCUUUUCAUCUGGAGGUUUCAGCCUAAUUUGUUCUUGGGUUAUUCACCUCAAGUUGAGUUUUUCAAGCUUUAAAAUCAAUGAAACAAAAAAAAAAACAGGACGAGAAUCUUACUUAUUAUUAUUAUAGCUUUUAUAUAGCGCUACUUUCAUGCUUAUAGCAUGCUCAGAGCGCUUUGGUCCAAUCUCAUUUGUGGACCAGUGGGGGGGGGGGGGGGGGGGGGGUAUCUAGGAGUUGGUUUUCCGUGCUGCCUUUAGGUGCUCAGUAAACGCAACUCUGCCCGAGUCGGGUGUCGAACCUCGAGCCCCUUUCUAGAUAGCCAAGACAAGCCAAGUUCAAGCGCACUUGGCCUCUCGACCAUGCUUCCCACAACUUGAGUAUAAUCACUAGCUAAAAAAAUGCUAAAAGUUGGUAAAGAGGGGAAAUAAUUCUAAAAGUUACAAAAAGCAGAAGUGAACAUUGUACUUCACAUUUCUGGUUAACUUGGGCAGCUUAUCUGCUGUACUUGUUGAUUGAUUAACCAGAUAGUUGCUAAGAAUAAUUAUUUUGAUUAAAAAAACAAAACAAACCCUUUUCUUCAAGAGAGCUUCAAACUCCCUUCUUUUUGUAUAAGAGUUAAGAAAUGUUAAGUACAAGCCUCAUUCUGGUAGUCUUGGUGCUCGGUUAUGCUAAUUAUUAAUGAGUACAAAGUAUGUCAUAAGUUUUGUGUUUAUCUUAUAGAUGGAGCUUAACUGAAAAAACUGAGUGAACAUUACGGCUGUCUCUAGUCCUACCUGAAUUGUUUAAUGACAUGUGCAAACGCUAUUAACAGUGGCAUAAUAAGGCAUUGUCUUUGAAACUGUCAGUUAUGGAAGAGUGCAGUGUUCUAUUUGUAAAAGAAGACAACAAAACAACAAAAACAUGAUAGUCUAAUAAAUUGGUUAUAUUGUUUUUUCUUUGCCUGCAUUAGUACUCUGCAUCUAUGUUCAGCUGCAUUACAUCUAGAUUCUUUUCCUUGUUUCUAAGUUUUUUUAAACAAGCCAACUAUGAUAAAUCUGUGACAUCAGAAUUAUACAUUCAAAUUAACUCUCACAGUUUAUGAUGUAAUAGAUGGAGACAAAAUGACAAUUGUAUGUAUCUUAAUUCUUAUGACAACCUAGUGCCAAAUAAAAGAAAAAGGUGAAAUGCAUAUUUCUUGUAUAUAUGAAUCAGUAUUAUAAUAAUUUGCUUAAUUGUGAUCAAUAAUCUCUGCUGUGUAGGUAGCUUGCUGUUCUUUGACCAUUUCUAGACCUCCAUGGUAAUUGUCUUCCAUCCGCAGAAACUUAGCACAAAUGAACAGACCUUUUUUUUUUUUAGAUGUAUCUACUGAUGAGUUGUCUGUCUGGUGUUAUAUACAUUAACACCCUUGUUCCCUGAAGAUUUUAGGCAUGAGAAGCUGGAAGAUUUUAGGCAUGAGAAGCUGUACGCUAAAAACAGAAAUUUGCUGACACUGAAGCCCUAUCCAUGAAGAGACAAUCUAAAUUGUAACAUCAAUUGAUUUCAUUGUGGUUACUGCAGAGCCAGGAGUUGUUAGUCAUUAUUGAAAUCAUAUUAAAGAUACAAAACUCUGUUGGUGUAUACAACCUUCUGUCUGUUGAUAGUCACAGAGUUCACUUAUUCAAUGGAAUGUUGUUGUUUUUUUCAAGUACUUUCUUUGUUCAAAAUCAACAUGUUCUUCAAUAUGCUGAAAGAUGUACAAACGUAAAGGCUAGCAUUCCUUUAGAUCCUGCUUACUGCUAACUGGGUUGAAGAACCACAUUGCAUGGUAAAACAAUUCUUUCAAAGCCUGUGAAAUGUACCCAGAUAAGACCAGGCACAUACAGUGCUUCUCUGUACAUAAGGAGCCAUAACUUUAUAUUUUCAUAACAAAUACUUUAUGAUCUCUGAUAAGUCUUUUUUUGGAACAGUUACUGGUUUGGAAUGUAAAAAAAUAUAUACACUUAUAUAUAUUUUUUUUAGAAAUAUGUUUUUUCUUGAAUUAUAAAGCUGGCCAAGUUUAAUGCUUAUUGAAUACACAUGUAAUUUCAUGUUAUGACAUUUUUUUUAAUUGAACAUUUUGAUUGAUUGUUUUAGAGAUAUGCAAAUCAAGUUCAUAAUCAAAACAUUCAACUGAAGCUGUUUGUUCUUUUUAGUUUGAAAAAUAAGAAAAAAAAAAAAGAAACUUUAAAAAGCAAUAACUUUAAUUAUCUUCUGAUCAUUUUAAUGUAUUUUUAUUUUCAGACAGCAAAACUAAACAAAAUAUAUUUUUUAUUUCAUUUUGGGAUGGAGAACAAGAACUGAUAUUUUUACUCAAAAAAUGAAACAGUUACUUUUUUUUUUCUGUUUUUACUAAAUUGUACAUAUGCAUGAUUUUAGUUACAACUAGUUUCUUUAUUUGAGGUGGUAUGAACUGUAGUUUUAGGCCUAGGCUUGGCGCUGUUUAUUGUAGCCAAGCUAGGUAAUAUUAGUCAGAUUUUUUUUUGUUUUUUUUUUUUGCUUGCAUGAUUGGUAAUUUUGUAUAGCACUUUAACAUGUAUUUUGAUAAGAUUAUUGUGCAUUGGGUAACUUGAUAGAUGAACACAUUCAGUUAAUAGAAUGGUUUCACUUUUAAACCCAUAUUAUUAUGGAUGAAAGCAAUUAUUUUUGAUACUAUCUUUGUUGUGUUAUCAUAUUGUUGUGGUAACCAAGGACCAGCAAUCUAUUUGUUCUAUUUACAUCUUAAAAACAACAAGUCAAAAAGGUCUUUUAUCACUCGCAUACAAUUGAAUUACAAAUGAAUAUUCAUGAUAGAUUAACACCAGUAGUAAAAUCACUGGACUCAAAAGUAAAUGUAGCAGUAAUACAUCAAACACUGAAUCAUAAUUUACACAUACAAAACCUAAUAAAAUACUCAUAAAGACACAAAGAUAAGGCACUUUUCCCCUAGUGCUAUUAGAGCAUGGAAUGGGUUGCCUGAAUCAGCCAGAAAAACUGAUUAACAUGCAUGAAUAGAUUGACACAUGGUUGAGCGUAAGGUGUCUUAUUUUCUCUUUUGAAGUAAUGUCUUAAUUCAUAAGAUAAAAGAUGUUGGCUUUGUUUGUGUAAACUGUUAGACAUGUAGACUAUUAUUGUUAGACAUUAAGACACUGGACUGAUGUUACAUUUUUAGAUAAUGAAAUAAAAUUUUGAUAUUGACCAGCAGUGAUCACAUGUCUGUUAGGCCCAUCAUAUGAAUGGCAGUAAGGCGUCUUCUAAACUUAUAUAAAGUAAAGCUUAUUGAUACACAGAAUGUUUAACUCUUUCACUCCUAUUUGAAAAUUCCAAAGUUGAUUUGACCCCUUUAAAAUAAUGUUUGAUUUUAUAAAUUUUGUGUUAUAUAAAAAGAGCAUGCAUUCCCUUUUAAUUCUACACCAAAUCAAACAUUUUCUGAUUACAAAUGACAAAGUUUCUGAAGCUUAAUCAUAACAGGGGAGUGAGAUAAUAAUGAGCAAACUGAAGAAUUCUGUCGAAACGCGCAAAAAUAAUUACGGAGAGAAAGAGUUAAGAAUGUUCAUAAACAAGAUGUACAUGUACUCUGGGGCACGGUGGUCGAAUGCUUAAGCGCUUCUAAACCUGAGGUCCUGGGUUCAAACUACUUUUUUUUUUUUUUACAUGUACUUUAUUAUGAUAGUUAAUAAAUGUGCAGUGUUCUCUCAUAUAUUUAUUUUUUGAAAGCUUAAAAUACACAUGGAAUAACAACGAAUCCCCCCCCCCCCUUCCCUUUCAUUUAAUUUGUAAAAUUUGAUGCUAAAAUCCAUUACAAGUAGACAUGAUUCUCAAAGAGAUGAAAUCAUUUGACACUAAUGUAAGUUGAAUGAGUCAGAACUGGCCCUCCAAAGCAAAACUUAAGGACUGUAAUCUAUUGAAUCCUAUAGAAUUCAGGGUGAUACUAAAUUAGUAUUGAUGGCUUAUGGAAGAUGUCAAAGUUUUGCCAAAGAUCAAAAUAAUGUUAACAUUCAAAUUUUUUUUUCAUUUGAAUUCAAAUGUUGAUUAUCUGUGAUUGCAAAUUUAUCUUUUUUUUUUUUCAUGUCUAAAUGUUUAAUCAAAGUUACUUUAAAAAAAUAAUAUAGAUAUUGAAUAAUGAAUAAAAAAACAGGAAAUAGCUUUUACUAAAUUUUCAUUUGCAUAUUUACAUAUUCUAGAUUAUUUGAUACCAUACAAGUUUUUACCUAAAUUCCAUUGCUUCAAGAAAACAUACACUAUAUUUCUACAACUGCAGUGUCUAUGGGCCAUCAUGUUAAAUAAUUGCUGAUUUGAUUUAUAAACUUAAAUUGUUAAAUAAUUUUAAAACAGCCUGUAAAUAUGUAUUUUCUUAAGAGAAAUCCUUCAAUGUUAUUAUGUUAAAGGCUACAUCAGAUUAUUAUAUACACUAUUCACAUUCUGAAAAUAAAAUAUUUCUUUUAAUAUUCUGUAUUUAUAACUUCUGUAUUUAUAACAGAGAUUUGCUUAUCAAGUUCAGCAAAGGGCAGUGUCUUAAGACCAAGUUAGGACUAUGUGUGAUGAGUUGUAAUAUUUGGUUGUUACAGCUGCAGGAGUCAUAGUUUUCUUUAUAAUCAAAAAGUUACUCUUAUGUGUGAUUAUAUUCUAUUUUUUUAUGUAUUAUUCUAUUCUAUUCUAAGUAAUAAUUAAUAAUGUUUCUUCAUUAGCAAUGAGCAAUAGGAUUUGGUUGAAAUGUGAUGAACUUUUUUUUUUUACUUUGUAAAAUGAAUGAAUAUCAUCAUUUAAAGGCCUGGUUUGUUUCUGGUUUGUUUCUAUACAAAUUUGAAAAACAAUCACUGAUUAUCUUCAGUUCAAUUUUGGCCAGAUCUUCUAUCAUAUUAUAUUAUCUUCUUGUUGCUUUUUCUUUUCUGUGACUAAGUUUUGUUUAAAAUUAUUUAGUGAUAGAAAAAUGAAAUCAAUAAAUGAUUAAAAUAAAGCAAUUUUAAUUGCC